GGCGCCCCUGUCAAUCACCCAGCCCCGCUCCGAGGCUAUAUCAGGCCGUCCCUCGGCCGCUCGCCCAGUGUCGGACCCGCCGCGCAGUGUCCCACCAUGUCGCGCGUGCCGCAGACUGUGCUGCUGCUGCUGCUGUGGGCGGCGGCGGCGGCGGGGCAGCGUCCCGACUACUGCGCCUUCUCGGUGAACCACACCAUGUGCCGGUACAGCGGGCCGGACCGGCAGAGCUGCGGCCGACUGCUGACCUCCGGACUGGGCGCGGACCAGCGCCGGCUCGUGGUGGCCCUCCAUAACGAGCUGCGCAGCCGAGUGGCCAUGGGUCAGGAGCGCGCCGGGGCGCCCGGGCCGCAGCCGCCCGCCGCCGACAUGAUCCAAAUGGUAUGGGACGAUCAGCUGGCGGCGGUGGCUCAGCGGUGGGCCGAGCAGUGCCAGCGCGGACACGACUGUGGGUCCUGCAGAGCGGACCCUCGGUUCACCGUCGGUCAGAACAUGUUCAUCACGAUCCAUUCGGCGGGCAGCGGCCAGCCACAGUCCGACUGGGAGAGAGCCAUCGAGGCGUGGUACUCGGAGGUCAGCGACUUCGACCGCCGCGCCACCGACAGCUUUCCGCCGACGAGCCGGUACAUUGGCCACUACAGUCAGAUGGUGUGGGCCCGGACCAGCCACAUCGGCUGCGGCUUCGUCCGGUUCCGGGUGUUCAACCACGACAACCGUCUGUACGUGUGCAACUACGGGCCGGCCGGUAACGUACUGCUGCAGCCGGUGUACCGGCGCGGCACGGCCUGCUCCCGGUGUCCGCCGGGCACCGCCUGCUCGCGCCACUACCGCGGCCUCUGCGCGCCCGCCCGUCUGCUCGGCCCGGCCGGCCCGGCCAACGUCGGCCCAAUGCCGGGGAUGAACGAAAUGCCGGGGAUGCCGGGCAUGAAUGAAAUGCCAGGGAUGCCGGGUAUAAAUGAAAUUCCAGGGAUGCCAGGCAUGCCCGACAUGCCCAGCAUGGUGCCCGGAAUGCCCGGAAUGCCCAGCAUGCCAGGUAUGUCCGAAAUGCCCAGUAUGAUGCCCGAAAUGCCCGGAAUGGUAACUGGAAUGCCAGGAAUUCCCGGAAUGAUACCCGGGAUGCCCGGCGGUGUGAACCUGCCCGGCCCAACCCUGAUGCCCAACAUGGAAGUGUACGUAGUGCAGCCGGACCCUAACUCAGGCUGUUUCACGUUCAGGGGCUACAUCUUCUGUGGCAAGGGUAGGGAGAAGCUGGUCGUUAUCAGAAACCCGUUUGUCUAACUGCCCAGCGGAGGGUAUUCUGGUGGAAUAUGCUCAAGAACUAACAGGGAGGGAGAGGAGAGGAAAGGAGGAGGCAUUAGGUGCGUGCCCCUUCGCCGACUAUACAGCGGAUGGGUAUGAACUAUGAAGCGGAGUGAGCUCAGAGCUGUGCACCAGCUUGGAGCUGUUUGGUUGCUAUAGGUAGGUACGUUACUGGUAGGACCUGACCUCAUUUAAUGGUUGAGUGUCUUGAUGACUGAGAUUGUUUCAGGUUUGCUUAUGGUUAUGAUGAGUGACUGGCGAGAAUGACAUUUGUAAGAUGAAUGUGAGUGUAAUUCGUUGAAUGAAUCUGAUUUGAUUGGGAUGUGCCUAUUGAACGUAGUGCUUGCAUGGUAUUUAAUCGACAGCCAGAGUGUUGUAUUGAAUGUGAUGAAUGUGAUCGUUUAUUGUACAUUGUACAAAUAUACUUACGUUUACCUC